CAGUACGGAGCAAAAAUAAAAUGAGGCCUGAAAAUCCAGAGACUAAUAAGGUGCUGAGAUUGAAUGAACGACCACUGUGACAUUUCAGACAUCUUCGAAAGGCCUUCCCUAUUCUCUGCAGAGAUAUCAAUUAUCCGUGGCCACAGCGAAGUCCCCUUCUGCUCAGAGGCAAAAGAACACAUGAUCUCCAAGAGAUGCUGACAGAGGAAGGACUGGCACUCGAGUACUGGUUGCCCACGUUGCAGGAACAGCUGGGUGUGACUUGUGCCCAGGCCUUACAACACCUAGAAGAAAAAGACCUCCAGAAGCUGAAAUCUCAAGCAUGACAUUCCUGGGAGAAAAAAGCCCUGGAGAGACUUCUUAACACGUCACACUCAAAUAGUCUUUCCAACUUACAGGAAUCUCAGCUGGAAAUGAUAAAGAAAACAAAGAAGGAAGAAGGAUGCGGAGCAGAUACUGCAGGAGCUAAGAGACUUGCUGUCAGACGGGAGGCAGCAAGGGGAAGGAUCAGUGAGGAAAAGAGGCAGAGCUGAGGCAGGCAAUGGGGACCCCUGAAGAACACUGACCACUUCCUCAAAAGUCCCUCGAAGAGGUCAUGGAAAACAAACAACUUAACCUCACAGAGGGAAUAUUAUCUCACAGGAAGAACCUCCCAGAUAAAGAUCUGGUGAAAUGGGCAUCUGGAGGGUUGGCCCUGCAGGGAAUUUACAAAACUAACAAUGAAAGGGGUUUGAUAGAGAAGAGAGAGGAGCUACUCAGUGUCCCAAAGAACUUCUCACUCUUUGGCCCUCAGCAGGGCACACGGAUGGAAACAAGAGAAUUUACAUCUUCUCAAGCAGAAUCCACAUUUACCCAGACUAUAGAGAAGCUGGGCUUCAGUGCAGCUGCCUCAGCCAAAGGUAAAGGUUGGGGAUUUAGCCUGGAAGCAGGUGUAGAUGACAGCAAACAUUCAGAAUCUAAGGAAACCCAACAAUCACAUUCUGAGCACCCUUAUUUUUGCUCAACCAAGUUCAUUUACAUCCCACUGGCUUCCUGCCACUUUCCCACUGAUCAGCUCCAGUUAUCCAAGGCUGCUCUCCAGGAAUUAAAAUGCAUUGAAGACCUUCUGGAUCAGUCUGCAGGCCCAGACAGAGCCCCUUUGCUAAAGGCCAGGACCGAAGCUUUCUUCCACAGGUUUGGCUCUCAUGCUAACCAGGGCCCUCUGCACUUGGGAGGAAUCUACUGGUGGAAGGCCAUAUCAGAGGGUUUCCAAAGUGAGCAGCUGGCAGAAGUGAAACAGCAGUCAGCCAAGGCCCUGGACCUUUAUAUAAGUGGCAGCUACAGUAGCUUUGGAAUUCAAGUUGCUACAGAUGUGGCUAAGACAGAUUCUCAUUCAAAAGAAGACUCUGAGAACACAAGCUCCCAAAAUCUCCAAUCUAGAAUCCAAUUAUCUGUGGCCCAGACAGGUGGCCCACCAGAAGCUAAUGACCUCUGCCAGUGGAAGACUGGCCUAAUUGCCAGUAAUCAAACCUGGUGUGUCAUUGACCGGGGAAUUCAACUGGUGCCUGUCUGGGACAUUAUCCUCUCCAGCCAUAGAAGUAAUUUUAAAGAUGCUCUUCAGGUAGCUAUCUGCCUGAAAGACAGCUACACUGCUCUGACUGGCCUCACUACCCAGAUACAGAAUGGAGAAGAAUUGCUAAGCAUUGUGAAGAAGGCCAGGGUUUUCCUACAGGAUAUAAAAUCAUGGGAGGUAUCUGACCCUGAAGAACAGCUUAAAAAACUUAUAAGUUUCAUGCAAAUGUUGAGCCAAAAACUAAACAGUUAUGACACUUGGAUUAACAUAUGCCUCACAGAUAGGGAUCUGCAGAAUUUUCUGGUAAACACUGUCAAUUUUUGCAGAAGUUCUUCCAUUUAUGAUACAAAAUUUAUUAAAUCUCAGUUGCGCAGCCUUUUGGAUCCUCACAUCUAUAGAGUGAAAAGCUUUCCUCAGGCUCAUUCCAUCGUCCAGUGGAUCUUCUGGUCAGAGUCGGAGCUGGAGCAUAUCAAAAUCUCCCAAUUUUCUGAAUUAAUUAAAAUCAUAAGAAAAAACAAAAAUGACUACCUGGAAGUUAAGGUUAAAUCUGAGUCCCCGGAAAUAGUGGAGGAAGCACAAAGAAAGGCCACUUAUGAAGUCAGCCGGUCUCUCCGCUCCUUCUUGAAUUACCUCCAAGAAACAGAGCAGCCAGACAUACAGCUCUUGCUACUUACCAUUGCAGCAGGUGCAGGUUAUCACAUAGCAAACAAGACCUUUCAGUUUCUCCUGGGGUGUGAUGAGUUAGACUUCCUACUGCAUGAAAUGCAAACUGCCCAAGAUAAAUACCAGGCGCUCAAAAAUAUUUGCAGCUCCAGGGCUCAGGCAUUCCUGGUGCUCACGGGUUUGACAGCCUCUGCUGAAGUUACAGCUGUUUCUCCAAAGGAGAAAACACAACGUUUGACAUUUAUAAGACGCUUCAUGGGGCAAUCAUGGUCUAAAAAAGUUGAAGAUGUCCUCACUAAACCUGGAGCAGAACAUGAUUGGGAAAAGCUAGAGACAGACUUGAGACUGCUCAUUGAUGGGAAUUAUGAAGUCACCAACCCUUCACUGCAAAUGGAUGAAGUGAGAAAACAUUUGCAAAAUAUCUUCCAUGAAAAGGAACCACCUCAUGAACCACAUGAUAAUGAAAACAACAAAUGGGAGGCCACAGAAAAUGGAGCCUUCUUAGAAUUACUCCAGCGUCUAGGCCUAGAACACUACUACCCAAAGAGGAUGAGCAGAGCUAACUUCCAUCUGAUCUACAAGACUUCUGUGUACAACACCCAGCCCAGCUCUGAACGAGAGCUUCCCUUCUACUUCCUACAGAAACUACUGAUGUUGGAUUGUGGGAUGAGAUAUUUGGUCUUCAAAGAUGAUGGAAAUGCAGAGAAUCGAGUCUAUCUAAAUGUCUCGAAACAAAAAAAUGUGGUUUUCAAUCCAUAUGAUGAUUUUUUUGAAGACAAUGAUAGUCCCACUAAUCUUUUAGCCACUGAUUCCAGACCCCAUAUUCACCCUAUGGAUAUUCAGAUGGCACUUCUUCACUGUGCAGAUGAUUUUGCUAGACAAUAUAUUCUGGCCAAACUCUCCAUUUGUCAGUUUGCCCUCCCUCUCCUUAUACCUAAUCCUUGCAACUCUCAAAUUGAAUUCUCUCUCUGGUCUCUCAGUCAGAUUAGGAGAAGCUGGCAGCAAGCAAGGAAAACAACAAAAGAGGCAAGCAACAAUUAUAAGAAUCAGCAAAUGUGUCAUGUCUCUACCCCCAUUGUAUCCUUUAUUAGGGUCGGAAAUGGAUUCUCUGCUUCCAAAUCUCAGAUUAUGAACUGUAUUCUCAGUAAACGUAAGCAUGAUAUCUUUUUUCAUCGACAUUGCAGAGGGAGUAGCAAAGACUGUCUCUUGAUGGGUGGUGUAGUGGAAAUUGGCUGGUUCUGUCCUGGGGGUGAAGAUGAGGACAGCUUUGACAACUGUUUGACCUUCGCCAACCUUCAUGGAGAUACCAAGGAACAUGAAAAGCAACUCACCUUCCUGAAGGAGAUCUCUUCUCUCAUUGUAGUCCUCAUGGCAACUUCUGAUGACAAUAAAGAAAGCCGAACAAUUAUCCGUGACCUGUGUGAGCUAUCAAAACCUUUGAUCUGUCUGCUUGAUGACAAAGAAAAAACCACAGCCAAUUAUUCUGGCCAAAAAGUGAGAAUUGGGAUCCGGAACAGAAAUGAGGCAGAAUUAACAGACAACCUCAAAACUACAAUCAGAGAUUUGCUAGAGUUCUCUGACACUACUUUUAGCUUAGAGGACUGUGCCCAGAUUGCUCGCAAGCAAGGAUUCCUUAUUGAUGAAGACCAGAGAGACUGCAAGGAAGCCAAAGAAAUGGCAGAGGUUCUCAUGGCUCUAUUAGGAGAAAUGCAGAUACCUCAGAUAAAGGAAAACUUACUACCCCUUCAGGGAAAUCUGUGGCAUCUGUGGUGUAAAAAGGACAAAGAACUCUAUCAUCUGAGAGAAAAAGGAAAUCGGAGCAUUGAACAACACAAGUGUGAGAUUGAGGAAGAGAAACGAAGAAUAAGGCAGCAACAGUUGGCCAGAGCCUUUCCUCUCAAUGUGUUAAUGCAAUCUGUCCUUGAAAUUAUCCUAAACCAUUCAGAAACUCAUACAAAACUCUACUUCUUACAAUGGCUGAGUGUGUCUUUGGACAACCUGACUGCAGGACACUUGGAAGAACUGAAUGAAAGAAAAAAGGCUUUGUGGUCACAGGUACAAGCAGAAAAGAAAAAAGCAACAAAGAACACCAACCUGAAACACUGGCAAAAUGAGAUAGAAGCGAUUUCUACAGAGAUUAGUGACUGCACCUUGGGAAUUGAACAAGUUCUCAGAGAAAUAGGCCAGAUUUAUGAAGUUCUGGAAGAAACUUCCUCCCCAAAAGAUAAACUUUUCCUCUCCCUGCCCCAGAUUGUUGCAGAUCUAAUGAUAUCUGGUCUUCCCAUUGAGCUGAUGGAUGGGGAUGCUUCAUAUGUGCCGCUCAAGUGGGUAGCAGCUAUUUUUGACAAGGUUUCUGAGAAACUUGGAGACAAACGGCUGUUUGUUCUCUCUAUCCUUGGCCUGCAGAGCUCAGGGAAGUCCACCCUGCUGAAUGCCCUUUUUGGGCUGCAGUUCACUGUCAGUGCUGGGAGGUGCACCCGGGGGGCCUACAUGCAGCUCCUGAAGGUGGAGGAGACAUUCACAGAGGAACUUGGCUUUGAUUUUGUGCUCGUUGUGGACACAGAAGGGCUUCGCGCCCCCGAACUCAGCAGCAAAUCCCAGAAUUGGGACAAUGAGUUGGCAACCUUUGUUAUUGGACUUGGAAACUUGACUCUGAUUAAUAUUUUUGGGGAAAAUCCAUCAGAAAUGCAAGAUAUUCUACAAAUAGUUGUCCAAGCCUUUCUGAGGAUGAAACAAGUAAAAAUCUCCCCAAGCUGCCUUUUUGUCCAUCAGAAUGUGGGGGAAGUUACAGCUAAAGACCAAACAAUGGAAGGACGAAGGCGGCUAGAGCAGAGAUUAGAUGAAAUGGCAGAAAAAGCAGCUGAACAAGAACAGUACUCAGAUGUGACCCGCUUUAGUGAUGUCAUAAAGUUUGAUGUCAAUACUGAUGUCUACUACUUUGCUCACCUCUGGGAUGGCAAUCCUCCAAUGGCCCCUCCCAAUCCUCACUACAGCCACAAUGUCCAGGAGCUGAAAAGUAGAAUUCUUCUGACAGCCAAACAGGAAUCUAGGGGAGGCAUCAUGAAGAUAUCAGAUGUAAAAUUCCGAGUCCAAGAUUUGUGGAGAGCCCUAGUGAACGAGAACUUUAUUUUCAGUUUCAGGAACACCAGAGAAGUCAUGGCCAUGAGCAAAUUGGAAACAAUGUAUAACCACUGGACCUGGGAGCUGAGGAGUCAUGUGCUCGGCUUGCAGAACCAGCUAAUCAACCAGAUUCAGAAUGGAAAAAUCCAGACAUUCAGAAUAAGCACAUUUCAGGCUCCAGUCAUAGAAAAAUAUGAAGCCAUCAAACAAGAACUUGAAAAAUACUUUAAUGAAGAUCCAGAUAGUGAAAUACUGGUUCAGUGGAAAGCAAAUUUUGAAAGUAAGCUAACAAUGCUUAAAGAGGCACUUAUUUCAGAAAGCCAAAAAAAAGCUGAUGAACUUAUUAGUUUAAAGAAAAGUCAAGAAAAACUGGACAACAAGAUGGCAGCUUAUGAAAAGGAAUUGUUAGAAAAAAGCCGAACCUUGGCUUUAACUGUAAAAGGCACAGAAUUGAGUGAGGAAGAGCUACAUGAGAAGUUCUAUCAACUCUGGGAAAAAUGGGUCUGUGGUGUGUCCUCAACUCUCCCUCCAGCUACAGAGCCUAACAUUGAUGUGGAUGCUGAAAACAUCCUUUUGGAAUAUUUCAAAAAGGAGAGAAAUAUUGUAGACACACUGAAGAAAAAUUCUGGAGAAAAGUUUCAAAUCAAAUAUGACAAACAUGUCAAAAUAAUCACGAAUUAUUACAUAGGUAGAAGGUCAUUAGAGGUCUGUGAUAAAAUGUCCAUACAGGGGACUACUGACUGCAUUACUUCACAAUAUGAUGAAACUAUUAAGGAAAUUUGGACACAAAAGUGUGAUUACAAUCCAUCUUAUUUCCAUGAAAUCCUGAAAAUAAUAGAUGAGGAAGUGAAAUCUGCACCAACUGAGGGAAGAUACACAUUUACAAAUAAAUAUGAAAUUGAUUUAUCUUUGUGUUUAUUCCAAAAAGCAUCAGAGAAUUUUAAGGAGAUGCACAGAGCAUUCAAGAGAGCAAAUGAUCCAGUAAACUAUCUGGAAAGUAAGAAAGAGGAUUUCUUCAUGAGUUUCAAGAUAUCUUGUCAAGGAGCAACUUCCGUCAAAACAUUUGUUGAUUUUCUGUGGCACAAACUCACUCCUGCUGUCUCUACCACCAUAUGGGAAAAAAUGGCCCCUAAAAUUGCUGGAGACAUGUGCGCUACCUGCCCCGCAUUCAAUGGAAACAGGUCUAACCUGGAGAAACACAUUCUCAUCUCUCUGGCAGAAGAAGAAAAUUUUGAUAAUUACUGGGGUUACCUUCAUAAUUCAAAAUUAUUUUUUAGGAAUUACAUUGAAAAACAUAUUGAAACAUAUUGUUCAGAUAAAGGAAGAGAAAAAAUAAAGUUGUUUUUAAAAACAACUGUAGAUGAUAUGAAGAAUGCCAUCCUCUCAGCUAUUCAUGAAUCCACAGUAAUUGCUAAAGAUAAAAGCAGCACUGUGUCUGGGUGGUUGGAUGUGUUCUGUGAUCGCCUGGGGAGUAAUAUGAUCUUCCCAAGAAAAGACUUGAUAAGCAUUGAACACCAAGAAAUAAAAGAUAUUGAGUUUCUCAAAGAAGCUAUGAGUGAAGUUUUGGAUCCCACAAUGAAGAGAUUAGAAGAGAAAUAUUUGAAUAUGUCUGUAGAAGAAAUGGUUCCGGAAAUUCGGAAAAUGCUCUCUGAACAUCUCUCUGGCUGCUGGAAACAGUGUCCCUGCUGUAAAACUACUUGUACAAACACAAUCCAUACACAUGAAGGAGACCACAGUGCUCCCUUCCACCGUCCUUUCGCUCUGUGUGGAGGGUCUUUUUACCAAACAGACAACUUCGCCAUUGAUUGCUGUACUAAUUUGGUGGCAAGUGAUCGUCAUUUGCGUUUGGGGGAUGGCCGGACUAUCCCAUUUAAGAACUAUCGAGAGGCAGGAGGGGAGUAUGCCACGUGGAGUAUCACCCCAGACUCAUCUACCCAGCCCUACUGGAAAUGGUUUGUCUCUCACUUCAGAUCAAAGCUAGAAGAAAACUAUCAGAAAAAAUUUAUAAAUAAAGGUGAAAUUCCUGAUGCAUGGGCCAAAAUCAAAAAGCAAGAUGUGCUCAAUGACUUGAGAAAACAGUAAAACUCAAUAAACCCCAGUACUUAGACAAUCCUAGAAUAUCUCCUCACAGUAAGAAUCCUCCUUAUUUCCUUUUUAUCAAAUGAAAAAUCUAAAAACCAAUCAAUUAACAUUUCAAGAGUUGAAGAUUUCUUGUGAAAAGACUUCAUUUUUCAUUGCCUCAAUUUCUGCAGGUUCAAAAACAUAUUACCAAAAUACAUGACAUAUGAUAAAAUCAAACAAAAUCCAUUUAAAAUAUCUACCACACAUUUUAAACUGUUAUUCAAAAUGUCUUUAUUUUGAAGUAUAUAAUGUUAUAUAAAGUCUCAGAGAAAGUCAUUUUCAUAGAAGGAAAAGAAAAUCAUUGCAGACUGCUACAAUUUUACAAAUCUCUAUAGUAUAAAUAUAUGCAUAUUUCAUACAAUAUACAGUUCUUUACUAGAAACUACCAAUAGCCUUUUUUACUUUAAUCCUCUGAAAUUGUGAGAAAAAGUUACUAAUCCUCAAAUGGAAAAAUAUUCAUGGUAAGUUCCUGAUCCCCAAGCAUAGCAAUAAUUAGGCAUAUUCUGUUCUGGAGAGGAAUAAAACAGAAACUUCCCAAGAGCUUAGGUAUUUAAAGCCUGGUACUAUAUACAAGUCUGAGAUAAACUGGCUUCUGGAACAUAAUUUAUGACCAGCCAAAAAGGGUCAUUUUAAUUGAAUCUGUGGACAAGAUCAAAUCUGAUUAAGCCACUCAUAAGUUUAAAAAACAUCCUUCAAGAAUAAAAUAUUUAAAAAACUAUAUAAUUUUAUAGGUUCUACUAUUUCAAUAAUAAGUUCUUUAUAUACAUUCAAGUAUAAGGAAAUAUUUAUCUCCACAUUAGGUGAUAAGUAACUUUUCAGACUGUUUAAGUCAUAGGGUCAUGAUCAGAAUAAAAAUGACAAACUCUGCAGCCAAUCAAGGACCUGAGAGGGGAAAGAAAUAGCCAUUCUACAAACCUACACCUUCUAAAACAAUGACUUACACUAGGUUCUCAAAGCUGAUAAUCUAAAGGAAUCCUGAUACAAAGAAGAUUUAUGUUGGACAUAAGGCCAUCCACUGGCUUCCAGUUAAGACAUACUAUCUACCCAACCACAGCCAGUGAAAACAAACAGCACAGGGAACCAUAGUCAAAGGACUGGAAUCUUCAAACUGAAGAGAUAGGAGUGAUGACUGCUGUCUUAUUCCUUGAAAAGUUUUCCAGAAUACUAUCAUUUUCAGGUUAAAUGACCCAUUUCUCCAAAAGAAAUCCUGGAACAGAAAAAUUAUAAACGAUAAAGGAAACAGGUAUUCUUGAACAAUACAAUUUUUUUUUGUUCUUUGGAAAAUAAACUCAGUAAGAGUUGGAAGGACUUACUAAUAUGAUUAAGUUGAAAUGGUGAUGGGAAGAGAGUCCCUGCAUGGAACCUGUCUCUCAAAUCACUGCAUCCUUGAAAAUUGCAAUGUUCAUUUGACAUUUGCUGAAUGCUUUUUGUAUUUGUUUAAUGAAUCCAAAAUAACCUUUAAGAAGUAUUAUAUAUCAUAUAUUAAUUUUGAUUUUCAAGCCAAAAUUGUGUAUAAAUAAAAAAGAUCUUUGACAAAUUG